GCCCCGCCCACCCGCCUGCCAAUCAAAGCCUCGCUCUGACCGUCCGGUUGCGAGAGUCGAGUGCGCGCGCGUGGGGACGUGAUCUCCACUGGAAACCCUGCUGGACUUUAAAAAAAAACGGGAAGAAAAAGAAAGUUCUCGACAUCUUCCUGUUGUAAACUUUCACGCGCCUUCACUCCGUGUCCCAUGCACCACGGAAUCCCAUUUGGACAUUUCUGCGUCUUUGGACACCGUAAGACUUCCUGCGUCUCGGUGCGUCGUGGACGAGACCAUGGCGCGUUGUUCAGCUCGCGCGACAGCUCCACACGCGUGCAUGGGCGCGCCCACGCUGGUUUUCCGUGCGCGUGGACGUGGGGCAGCUCUGUGAGUGGGACAGCUCAGAAGGUCCAGAGAUGGACAUUGCUUCUCCACGCUGGAGGUGCAUGAUGAACUGAUUGAAAAAAUCUGAUCAAGGAUGGAAAUGUGGGUGCUAAAGGUCCUGUCUGUCUUGUCUUUCGUGGUUGUGAAGACGUCAGCUGAUAUCACCUGUGACGCUGUGCUAAUGCUGGCUUCUGGAAACCACACAUGUGUGUGUGUGUGUGUGUGUGUGUGUGUGUGUGUGUGUUAAAACAUCUGUUCCUACAGUCCAGGCUGACCUUUGUAGAGCACACGGUGUGAUGUGAAAUGUCGCACUAAAUGUUCUAUUAUAUUAGCGAUAGCUCUGAUAUCAGUAACGCUGACUAGCAUGGCUAACUCGCUAAACAACUCAUACUAGCUAGCGACGUAAUAAUGCAGUCAGGUUAAGGCCAUUCCAGCUGUAGCACGUGGAACAUCUGGAAUGAUCAGGCUGAUAGCGAACGUGGAAAGUUAAAAAAGCUAGCGAACAAAAAUAACUAGCCUAGCUAGCAAGUCUCCCAGCGUACAGAUCUGUAGCCGCGGUGUAAUGCUAGCUAGCCACAUUUAAAUCAGAAAGCAAGCUAACUGACAUAGCGGAUGGACUAAUGGCUAACUCGCUAGCUAGUUAAUAUUUAGCUAUAACGAGAUCGAGGUUCUCUGUCCAAAUGUGUGUUUGUCAUCAUUUUUUGUCCCCCAGUGAACCUUCCGGAAACUGCGAAUCACUCGGACACGAAUACCUCAGGUGUGUUUUGCAGGACGUCUAUCGACGGCAUCGGGACCUGCUGGCCACGUAGCGUAGCCGGGGACACGGUGUCACGUCCCUGUCCGGAGCUCCUCUACGGGGUCCGAUACAACACCACCAAUCAAAUCUUCCGGAAGUGUCUGGCCAACGGGACCUGGGCUUCCAAAAGUGACUACACCCAGUGCAAAGCUAUUCUCAGUGUGCAGGUAAUGUGAGGUCCACACACUGUGAAAGACCAAUCACUUUGAAAAAAAACAAGCGUUCGGGAAUGGCGCAACGGUGCACCUCUCAACCAUCUCAAGAACUGAAGUACCAGCUGAAGAACGUGAGGUUGGAGAAGGUUUUGUGGGCAUUCGGCCCCAACCGCACGUGCAGUGUGUGGUAGCUUAAUCCUUACUGUCCCUACAGUGAAGCAUGGUGGUGGCAGCGUGACGCUAGAAAAAGCAGGCUGCAUUAUCAAAUUGUGGUCAUCAUUAACUACCUGGGUCACUGCCUGUCUCUCUUCACCCUCUUCAUCGCCUUCAUCAUCUUCCUACGCCUCAGUGUGAGUUCUUGUGUGACGUGCUGGAAAAGAACUUCUGCAAGCGUCAGACUGCAGUUAGAUGCACAGAGGCUUCCAGAUGUGCUUCUUCAAAGGACGUCUUUGGAUGAGGAGCAUCCGCUGCCUGAGAAACAUCAUCCACUGGAACCUGAUCUCCGCCUUCAUCCUGCGAAACGCGACCUGGUUCAUCGUCCAGCUCACCAUGAGCCCCGUCGUGCACGAGAGCAACGUGCCCUGGUGCCGUCUAGUGACGACGGCAUAUAAUUACUUCCACAUGGCCAAUUUCUUCUGGAUGUUCGGCGAGGGCUGCUAUCUCCACACGGCCAUCGUGCUCACCUACUCCACCGACAAGCUCAAGAAAUGGAUGUUCAUCUGCAUCGGAUGGUGUGUUCCAUUCCCUAUUAUUUUGUCCUGGGCCAUUGGGAAGCUGUACUACGACAACGAGAAGUGUUGGUUCGGGAAGAGAGCCGGCAUAUACACGGACUACAUCUACCAGGGCCCCAUGAUUCUUGUACUUAUGAUCAAUUUUGUGUUCCUCUUCAACAUAGUACGGAUCCUCAUGACCAAACUCCGAGCCUCCACCACAUCGGAAACCAUCCAGUACAGGAAGGCGGUGAAGGCCACGCUGGUGUUACUGCCUCUGCUCGGGAUCACAUACAUGCUGUUCUUCGUGAACCCGGGAGAGGACGAGAUCUCGCAGGUCGUCUUCAUCUACUUCAAUUCCUUCCUUCAGUCCUUUCAGGGCUUCUUCGUGUCCGUGUUCUACUGUUUUCUAAACAGCGAGGUACGCUCUGCGGUCCGGAAACGUUGGCACCGCUGGCAGGACCACCAUUCCGUCCGUGUCCGGGUCGCCAGGGCAAUGUCCAUUCCCACCUCGCCUUCGCGCCUCAGCUUCCACAGCAUCAAACAGUCCACCUCAGUCUGACAAUUUAAAAAGCAGAAAACGAACCUGGAGGGGGAAAAAAGGCAGACGCUCUGUGUGACAGCGUCUGGACAACUACGGAUGCUACAAACGAAUGCAGGACUUUACUCACGUGUUGGCAGCAUGUUUUUCCAAAGACUCAUAAGAAUCAUUUACUUCUAGUUGGACACUAGAUGGGUGACCAGCUAGCAUUGCUGACUGACUAGCUUCCAAAUUCAGCUAAUUGUUUCCACAGGUUAGCUGCAAGGGUUAGCUCGUCCUACAGCAGAAUUAGCGUCAUAGUUUCUGAAUGUAGACACGUUUCCUGACUUUUGCUAGCUUAGCGUGGAUGCCUGUGUCCGUUUCAUAUCCGCUAGCGUUUUAUUCUUCCUUCCUUUUGACAUUUGCUAGUUUUGUUUUAAAAAUCAAUUCGCAGCUAGCCGGCUAGCUAAUACAUGUCACAUGGGACGUUGUUGAACGACCGAUUAAAGAUUUCCCGUGUGAAA